CGUAGGCUACGUCAGAAGUAAAUACAGUGUGCUAGUCAGCUAGCCGCCUGAGAAGACAACAUGGCGUUUACUUUGUAUUCUCUCAUUCAAGCAGCAAUUCUGUGCGUCAAUGCUGUCGCUGUAUUGCACGAAGAAAGAUUUCUGAGUAAAAUCGGCUGGGGAGUGGACCAAAGUGUCGGAGGUUUUGGUGAUGAACCAGGCAUCAAAGUGCAGCUAAUGAACCUUGUCCGCUCUGUGAGGACAGUAAUGAGAGUGCCGCUGAUAGGAGUGAAUGCAGUGUGCAUAGUGCUGCUGCUCCUGUUUGGAUGAGGAGCAGGAUGUGAAGAUGGUUCAAACUGCUGUCAGGAGAACAUCUCCAUCAUCUCAGGACCCAAUCUGCAGAAGCAUCUGAUCUGUUUGAGUCAUAAAUGCCUCCUGAAUAUGAAUAUUAUCAUUAAUAUUUUACACCAAUACAUGGGAUAUUUGCCAAGGCCUGUUUUUUUUUCAGCACAGUAAUUAAAUAUACACAGCUGUUUAGAAUGUUUAACAUCCCCCUUUUUUGAGUUGUACAAUAAAAUGCUGAAUAGUUAACUCUUAAUUAACUUUUGAUUAAAAUAUGAAUGUGAAAAACAAAUGUUUUUACACUUUCCUGAGUAAAAAUAUAACUCACAAAGAACUGUAAAAUGUUUGGGAUUUAUACACUGAAACCAUGUAAAUUAUGUCUUGUAAACGUGCUACGGUUGUUGAAAUAUUGAAAAAGAAAGUGUGUUUUUAAA